GAUACAGAUGGUGAUGGUUGGUUGGUCAUGAGCACCUUCGGCCUUUAGUGUUACCCCCGCCCAGUUCUGGGCCUUGUCAUGGCUGAAAUGUCAAUAGUACCUAGAGUCGCGGCCCGCCAACUUCUUUUCUGUCACCAGUCGAGGUUGCUCUGGUUCUUUCUGCGUCAAAUUCUUUAUCACAAGCAUCAUACCUUCUUCAUCACAAGCAUCAUACCUCCCAUCAUCUAGCAAGCGAUCAAAAGAUGUCGCAAGAGCAACAUCCCCCGGAUGGGGUCCCCACUCACGGCCCCGCUCCCGGCCCGUCCCUUCUCUCCACCGCCUCCGCCUCGGCCACAACGACAGCUCCGUCCACGGCCCCAAUCUCGGUUCCUGCCCCGGCCGACAUACUUGGCACCCCCACCACAUCCGAUACAACUAUCAUAACCAACACCGACAGAAGAAGGGCAACCAACGCCAGGAGAAAUCGACAACUGGGCACGCACCAUAUACAACUACCACCGAAUGCACAUGCCCCUUCCCACCUUUUCUCCUACUCCCCAAAACCCAUCAGACUUGAAAGACAACGACUCGGAGCCAACUCGAAUAAUCUUCACCCUCUGCUCCAUCGACCUCCGCGUAGCCCGCUACGCCGCCCAUCUCUUUCUCACCACUUUUCUUCCUCCAUCUCCUCCUCCUUCCUCCACCACUACCUCCUCCUCUUCCUCCAGCAGCAAAGCACAAGCACAAGCACAACCGGACUCAUCACCACCCCCCGCAAAGCCUACCAGUACCUCCUCUUCUCGGGCCACUCCGGCCUUUUGACCCGUUCUUUGACCGGCGACCCUUUUUCCUCUACCACCACCACCACCCCCACACCCUCCAAAGGUGACACCCGACCCCAAGCAGAAGAAGAAGAAGAAGACAAGCAAAAAUUCCAAUCCGAAGCCUCCAUCUUCGCCUCCAUUGCGCUCUCCAUGGGCGUGCCCCCCUCCGCAAUCCUCAUAGAAGAGCAAUCCACCAACACGGGCGAAAACGUGCGCUUCACUCAUGCCUUACUGGAAAAGAGAGGGAUCAACGUAAAGGACUUUUUGCUGGUGCAGAAACCGUAUAUGGAGCGGAGGACGUGGGGGACGUUUGGGAGGCAGUGGCCUUCUUCUUUUUGUUCUUCUCCUUCUUCUUCUUUUUCAGGGGGGGCUUCAGGGGCAGCAGGGGUGGGAAUGGAAGGGGAAGAUGAAGAAAAAGAAGAAAUUGAGGAAGAUGAAGAAAAAGAGGAAAAAGAAGAAAAAGUAAACUAUAGCGUGACCAGUCCGCCGUUGGAGUGGGAGGAGUAUCCUGAUGAGGAGAGUGGGAAUGGAAGGGAACUGGUGAUUAACGUCAUGGUGGGAGAUUUGGUGCGCAUAAAAGAGUAUGGGGAGAAGGGGUGGCAGGUUAAAAUGGAGAUACCAGAAAAUGUGUGGGAGGCGGGGAGGAGGUUGGUGGAGGAGGAAGGGUACGGGGAGCAUUUACCCGAGGGGUUUUGGUUUGUUUGAGGAAGGGAGUUUUGGGUAAUGCUUGCAUUGCAAAAGGUUUUUGUAGGGUGGUUAUUGGGUAUUAGUGAUGGCAAU